ACCCGUUGCGCCGCGCCAGCAGACAGGCAAGACCCGACCCUGGGAAUAAAAAAACACGCAGCUCCGUCUGUUUGAAGAUUAUUUUAUUGCAGCGAGGUAGGGCAGUUCAGUGAAUUUCUCCAUGAAUGUACGUCACAAUGAUGAUGACAGACCAGAUUCCACUGGACUUGGCUCCGCCCCCCCUCCUGAACGGGGAGGUCCCUCUCAUGCCUCACAUGGUUAACGGUGACGCAGCGCAGCAGGUGAUCCUGGUGCAGGUGAACCCCGGGGAGACGUUCACCAUCCGGGCAGAGGACGGCUCACUGCAAUGCAUCCAGGGUCCUGCUGAGGUCCCCAUGAUGUCCCCAAAUGGGUCAAUCCCCCCCAUCCACGUCCCCCCAGGAUACAUCUCACAGGUUCUAGAGGAUACCACAGGUGUACGCCGGGUGGUGGUGACCCCCCAGUCUCCGGAAUGCUACCCUCCCUCCUACUCUCCAGCCCUCUCCCCCACACACCACCUCCCCCCCUACCUGACUCACCCUCAUUUCCUACCCAACUCUCACUCUUUCUACCCCCCUGUCAGCCCCGGGGAGCUGCCGCCCCACCAGUACUACCAGCACCACCUUCCCCCCAUGUACGGCGAUCCAGAAAUCAUCCCAGUUUAUGGGAUGUCUAACUACAUAGGCAGAGAGGAGACAUACAGUAAGCCACAACCCAAAAAGAUAAAGGAGAGACAACUAGAGCGACAGAACCGACUCAACUCCCCUCCCUCCACUCUCUAUAAGGGCAGCCUGGGCCCAGCACACAACGGAUACAGCAACAAAUCACACGCUCCCUCGCUUGGGUCAGUGGGGUCCGGGGGUGGACUCGGCAGUCCAGGAGGGAAGAAGCCAGAGAGACGACUCCGCAGCAGUCCAAGAAACAGUGAACCAGAGACGCACACACAAGAUCAUGAUUCAGAGGGGAAGCGAGUUCAAGACAUGCUGUCUGCAAUCGACAAACCACAGGUUUCAAAUGUGCAGGCGCGGACUGCACGGCUGUCCUGGGCCCCCCCGGCAGGGCUGGUGAACAGGUUAAGUAACGGGAUGACUGUGUCCUGCUCUUUCGAGGUCUCUCUCUCAGAUAAGGGACGAGACGGAAAGUAUCGCCCUAUAUACAGUGGCGAAGAAAGGGAGUACCACCUGAAAGACCUAAGGCCAGCGACAGACUACCACGUACGGGUGUUGGCAAUGUACAACUCGGUUCGAGGCUUGUGUUCAGACGCCUGCCCAUUCACCACACACUGCGGCGUCCCCGAUGUCCCGCUAACCCCGAAACUCUCCCACCGCACCAAGAGCACCCUCACCCUACAGUGGAAGCCCCCAGGUGACAAUGGGUCCAAAAUUACAAACUACCUGCUCGAGUGGGAUGAGGGAAAGAAAAACAGUGUCUUCAGAGAAUGUUACUUUGGGAGCCAGAGACACUAUAAGGUGUCCCGACUGUUCCCCGCCUGUGGCUACACGUUCAGAGUGGCUGCGCGCAACGACAUUGGCACAAGUGGUUUCAGCACAGAGGUGGUGUUCUACACCAUGGGCACCCUGCCUGCUCUGCCUCUGGCUCCACGGCUGGUCAGGGCAGGGGUGUCCUGGGUGACCCUGGAGUGGGGGCGUCCUGAGGGCAGUCCAAGCGAGGAGCAGCUCAAAUACACACUUGAGAUCCAAGAGGACAACAGCGGAACAGACUUUCAUCCUAAGUACACUGGAGAAAACUUGACCUGUACUGUACAAGGACUGAAGAGGAGUACACAGUAUAAAUUCAGGCUCAUAGCAUCGAACAUGGAGGGAAAGAGCAGUCCCAGUGAAGUGUUGGUGUGCACCACCAAUCCAGACAAACCAGGACCUCCAUCUACACCCUGUGUCACCGCAGAAACACCCUACGGAUUCACCAUCACAUGGGAUCCUCCGCAGGACACCGGGGGCUCAGGGGCUCUUACAUACCUGCUAGAGAUCUCGGAGGGAUGCUCUGAAGCGAGCCAGUGGGAGGUAGCCUACAGUGGUCCAGCAACAGAAUGUGUGUGUGAGCGCCUGACUCCUGGGACAUACUACCGCCUACGUGUGUGUAGCAUCACCACCGGAGGACACAGCCCGUGUACUGUUAGUGUUCCAGUCCGUACAUUAAGCGUCCCGCCAGGACCCUGCCAACCACCAAGGAUUGUGGGCAAAGCCAAACACAAGGAAGUGCAGUUAGAAUGGGAAUCUCCCAUCUCUGAGGGAGUAUGUGAGGAGUGUGUGUUCAGUCUGGAGAUGAGCGAGGGGGACACCAAGCCAGCAGAGGUCUACCAUGGGUCAGAGCUGCAAUGCACUGUGGGCAGUCUGCUGCCUGGGGCCACAUACUGCUUCCGACUGCGGGCUGCCAACGAGGCUGGGUUUGGAUCGUACUCUGAGCCAACCGAAGUGACGACUGCAGCGGGCCCUCCUGGCCAGUGCGGGGCGCCACUCAUCGCUCUCACCAGUAACACCUGCGUAACGCUUAACUGGGAGAGUCCUGAGGGUUCGGGUACAGACAUCUCUGAGUAUCGCUUGGAGUGGGCGAGGGAAGACGAUCCCAUGGAGCUCAUCUACUGUGGAGCCGCCACGCAGUGCGAACUGUCUGACCUGACGCCUGCCACAGACUUCUGCUGCAGGCUACAGGCGGUGAAUCAGGCCGGUGCCGGUCCUUACAGCGAGCAGGUGAGUUUCCGGACCCCGGCAACAAAUCCCGACCCGGUCUCCACCCUCAUCCUCCUGGACCUCCCGACUUCCUCGGAGUCAGGCCAUUCCCCGUCUACCUGCCUCCACCUGAAGUGGGACGAGCCAAACAGCAACGGGGCGGAGAUCACCUCCUACGUCAUCACCCUGGACGACCAAACCAUCACUGUGGAAUCAGGGACAAGUCACCUCGUGACAGACCUGCAGCCGGACAGCGAAUACAGUGUACAUAUCCAGGCGGUGAAUGCCAUUGGCUCCAGUCCCUUGAGUCCAACCCUGCUGGUGAGGACACGCCCCCUCCCUCCAGCCCCGCCCCCUCUCGAAUGCUCGGCCGCGGGCCCUCAGAGCCUGAAGCUGAAGUGGGGCGAGAACGCCAGCAACACACACACCCGCGCCCUGCUCGCCAACGACAUUCUUUACACACUACAGAUGGAGGACAAGAACCACAGGUUUGUGACGAUCUACCACGGCCCCAGCCACACCUACAAGAUGCAACGGUUGACUGAGUCCAGCAGCUACAGCUUCAGAAUACAGGCCAGCAGUGAUGCGGGGGAUGGUCCUUUCUCCGACACACACACCUUCUGCACCACCAAGUCCGUGCCUCCUGCCCUCAAAGCUCCCAGAGUGCACCAGCUGGAGGGGAACACGUGUGAGAUCACAUGGGAGACCAUCCAACCAAUGAGAGGAGAUCCUGUGAGCUACGUGCUACAGGUGCUGGUGGGACGCGAGUCAGAGUACAAACAGGUUUUUAAGGGAGAGGAGGGCGUGUUCCAGAUCUCUGGUCUCCAGGGCAACACAGACUAUCGUUUCCGUGUGGGCGCCUGCCGCCGUUGCCAGGAUACGUGCCAGGAACUGUGCGGACCCCUGAGCCCCUCCUCCUUGUUCACGCUGCGUCGCCAGGAGACGGCGACAUCGGGAGAGCUGUGCCCUGUGGAAACGGGCAAAGGCGUGGGCCUGAUCUCCAGCGACGAGCGCUUCGCGGCGCUCAUCGUGUGCGUGUUCGCGGGCUUCUCCAUCCUCAUCGCCUGCUUGCUACAGUACUUCUUCAUGAAGUGAGGGAAUUUUAACUAUAGGAUAGAAAGAGAACGCAAAAUCACAGAGAAACUCUAAACAAACAAAAAACGUCUAUGAAAGAAGCGAAUGAAAUCAAACGAAACACUUGAUUUCUACUUCUAAGGCUAUGUACGGUCUUUCUUUAGUCAAAGUAUCAAUUCUGGCUUUCCGCACCUCGUUCCUGUUGUCUUCUGCCUUCACUGAGUUUGGUCUCAUUUCUCUCUACAUCUCUGUUGUCUUUGUAUUAUUGUCUGUCUCAUUUGUUUCUGUCGAGGGAAGCCUUGUGUUAGCUGUACCUCGGUUGGGAAAGAAAACUGAUAAUCAAGCCUUAAAAUAGCUGUGAGCGAAGCAGUUGCUCCUCAGACUGACUUGCAUGUUUUUUAUUUUGUAUCUUUUUAAAACAUAUUUGAUUAGAGAACGUGUAUAUUUCAUGACGGUCAUUGCCUUACUUUUUGUUUUUCAAUGUGUAAUUUGCUUCUUUUUUCUUUUCCUUUUUUUUGCUGCAGUCUUUAUUCAUUUCAGCCAUAUUCCAAUGUAGGCCUACAAAGCUUUAGCCGUUCAUACCUUAUUAUUCAGUUACUGCUGACUGUCAGUCAAUACAUGCAAUUCAUAUCUGCUCAGCUUUUAACAUUCAAUCAUUCACUCAUCCAGCUACCAAAGUGAUGCAAUCCAUGUGUGGUGUAAGAUGCUGCUAUCCUGUGAUUUUAUUAUAUCUAAGAAAGAAUGGAAAACCAGUAAUCUAAUAUAUAUACACACAAUAUAUAAAUAUAUAUUAUAACAAAUAUCUAUGAUGCUACAAAAGUGAUGUAAUAUAAGUGAUGGCAAUGUAAGGUCUGAAGUACAGUGUGCAAGGGGAUGAAUCGACCCUAGGUGCUCACAAACAGCAGUUCUGAGGUCAGUUCAGCAGCUGAAAGGAGCCUUUAAACGCUGGUGUCAUAUCAGACAAUGCACCCCUGUAGGUAUACGAAUGUUGGGCACGAACUGGCUCUAGCGUUAAGGAAGCUGGGCUGGGAUUGUGAUUGACUCUUAACAGGAAUUGACUGACCUGAGCAUCUGAUUGGCCCUCGGUCCUUCCUUAUUCUACCAUCUCAACUACCACAGCUCCAGACUAUUAAUCUGUAGUUUAUGUGCCCGUCAGACCCAAAGGUGCUAACAGCCUGCCUUCUCAGAGCUCUGUGUGUUAACCAGGAAAGCUGUUAGGAGUUAGCUUGAGCUUUAAACCCCCCCCCCACAUGUAUCCAGCCGCCAGCCAGAGCAAUGCUGAAACUGUAGUUUCUCCUUCCAGCUAGCCUGUGAAUCAAUGCGUUUGAAGACUGUUCCUCCUCUUUUAUCCUCUCCUGCCCAUAAUUAUCUGUAAUUACUUUUUUGCUCUGGCUGCUCUUUCUCUCUAGCCUUCGAUCCAUCCGUUUUUUCUGUCCUCUCUCCCUUCUUCUGUUCUCUCACCCUCUCUCCCUGUCCUUUCUCUAUAUAAAACGGUGCUUUAUUGACAUGUAAUCAGAGCAGUAGCAAGUUGGCGGUCUCUCCUCAGAGGGACAUGUUCUCUGGGGAUUUGAACUAAUGUUCACUAACCAAACAAGCCUUUGACAGAACACAACUCAACAGAACAGAGCCUUCUGACACGCGUAACACCCCCUGACCUCCCGCCUGACACCUUUUAUCCCAACCCCGAAAAACAAAGCCAAGGUACAGCCCAUUACAUACCCUGAUGAUCCAAAGAAGUCACCUUAACCUGCGUGAUUAAUGUGUGACAUGUCUACUUCUGUCAGGUGGGGUGCAGGGGAAGAAGGAUUGGGUGGGAGGGGGUUAUGUAAGAGUGGCGGGGUGUAGUUUAGCCCUGCGGCCAGCUCUGAUUGGCAGCCUGUAACGUACCUCAGGGAUAAGGCCUUACAGAGGGGAGAUCUGAUCAUGUCAUCCCCAUUGCUGUCAUCAUCGUCAUCACUUUAGACUCUUUUUCUCUUCGCCUCCCCGAUCUCUUUCUCUCAUUUUUUUUUUAUGCUGUAUCUUGUUCUCUGUCAAUGCUGUGCCUUGCUCCUGUAUGUGUCAGUAAGCAAAGUGGUUUACUAGCUCAAAAUACCUUUGCCAAAGUUGAUGGGAAAGUUAAGGUAGAGUUCUUUUCUAGGUUUUAUUUAUACUAUAUAUUUGCAUACAGUACUUUACAUGCCAAUUACAGUGCAAUCUUCAUUUAUUUAUUGUUUAAAGAUUAAGAGACAAGUAGUUAUAUACUAAUUUUUUCCUUGUAGCAUGUUUUUUUUUCUUUACAUUUUUUUUUUAAUGGAUGUAUGUUAGAUUGUAUGAUUAAGGCCAGCAUUCCUUAUCUCAGUAACCCUUUAAGUAUUUCUCUUACAGCUGUUGGGAACCUGUAGCUCAUCAGUCCAUGCAUUACAGUUAUCAUUGCCGUUUCAAACAUGUAACCAAAUGCCUUUGUAUUUUUUUUUUUUUUUUUUUCAUCUCCUGUUGUCGGCCGUGCACAGCCGAGCAGUUCUUGUAUUGCUUAGAGAGACAUGUAGCAAAGCAAGGCCUUAGGGUCAGUUCGAGUCAUCUGUAUUGGGAUAAAUGUCGCUGCCUUUGGCUUUUUUUUUUUCCUGAUUAGUGUUAUAAUGAAGCUUCUGAUAUCUUUUUACAGUUUUAUUGCCAAAGUGCAGGCUUCUCGUGUCCACUAGAUGUUGCGUUUGCAGUCGUCUAAAGGGUUCUGUGAUGUUCCUCUGUGACGACACAGCAUUACGAUUAUUAUUAUUGUUAUUAUUAUUCUCUCAAAAGGAAAAAAAAACAUUAACUUGAUCUGUGAUUAUGCUUCUUUUCAUAUUAUCUUUUAUUAUUUUGUUUUGUAAAGCAAAAUGUGCCAUUAUGAAAUGUGUAGCCCCUUUCGAAUGAGAGUUUUUAACAAUCUGAUUUCACACUGAAAGGUAAAAAGAAAAAAAAAAGGCAAAAACAAUCAUUUGAUUAUUUCAGGCAGAUGAUGACAAUAAUAAUAUUGACGAUUCCUUGUUCAGGCUAGUGCUGGUAUAGCAGUAGUUAGUAUUUUGUAUCCAGUAUUUUGCUAAGAGAUGAUAUACAGAGAUAUCUAUAGAGCUAUAGAAUGAAAUGGUAAUACAUUACGACUAACAGAGUUUAAGCACUUUUUAUGCCGAGCAUUAGUCUUGAUGAGGUUAAUAAGAGCGAGGAGACACGAGUUCUCUGUUCCAAACACUACUGCCAACGCCGUCUGUUACAUUCAUUGGCAUUAUUCUGCUGUUGGCGUCACUGUGACAUUGGCAUUACUGGAGCAUGGUUCUGUGCUUCUCAAAUGGCACCUCGCUACCCUGCAGAAUGCAAACUACGGCAACAAAGGAAGUACAGUUUGUAGGGAGUACUGUCCUUUCUCAGACGUGCUAAUGGUGUGUCUACCUAGCCGGUCGCAUUGUAGCCGACAGGAGAUAUGUGAGGUCUCCUGUCUUUAAACCCCUGAUGUUAUGUUGCCCACCCACAGCCCCUUUAUUCCCCUUUACAAGCCUUAAUGCCCCGGUCGGAGAGCACAGGUGAUUGGCCGAGUCCAAGUCAUGUUAGUGUUGUAUAGUCCGAGGUUGACGCUUUGUUAACUGAAAGGCCGUGUGUUUGUGGGCAGGGUACUCCCUUUAUGUGCUUUGUUGUUUUUGUUCUGUUAUUUUUAAAUGCUGGUGAUUUUAUAGAUACUCCCGCCCCUCCACCCCGCCCUGCAUGUCCUGAACAUUUUGCAGGUAUGUCAAAAGACAAUUUUUUCGCCCAACAGCCCCACGUCUGUGCCUUCUGAUCAGUUUAUUUUUUCAUUUUUUUUAUUUUCAUGUUUUGUACGUUUUACAGUAAGUAGAGAAUUUUGACUGAGAAUUUGGCGAUUUGAGAAACGUACAGAGACUCACAGGUAUUUAACUAUUUUUUAAGCGAGACAAAAAACAGAAACAUAUUUUUACCUCACAAUUUAAAAAAACAAACAUUCCAAUGUUGUCAUGGUCUACGAAUUGAGAAAAAAAAAAAAAGAAAUUCAUGCAUUUCUUCUUGUAUUGUAAAUGUUAGACAAUUUCAUAUGCAUUAUAUAAAAGAAACUGCCAUAUCAAUUUUAAUGUAUAGAUUUUUGCAAAUACUACCCUAUGUAUGUAAGACGUAACUGUAUCGGUAGCGUAUAUAUAAUAUAUUUAUGCCCAAUAAAUGUUUUGAUUUUUUUCUGA